AUGGACUAUUCUCUACAAAAGUUAGCGAAGCUCUACGUUUCUGAGAUUGUAAGACUGCAUGGGGUUCAUGUUUCGAUAAUUUGUUAUGGAGAUCCUCGCGUCACUUCUCCGUUUUGGAAGAAAUUGCACGAGGUUCUGGGUUUGAGAUUGGACUUCAGUACUACGUUCCAUCCUCAGACUGAUGGUCAGACUGAGAAGGUGAUUCAGAUACUGGAGGAUUCACUUCGGAAUUGUGUAAUAGAUUUCCAAGGUGAGUGUCAGGUUUUGGGUCCAGGGUUGGUUUUUGAGACCAAAGGUAAGGUUUCUCUGUGGAAGAAAGUUCUGAGAUUCGGUCGUAAGGGCAAGUUGAGCCCUAGGUUCAUUGGUCCGUAUCAAAUUCUGAAGCAUGUGGGGCCGGUUGCUUAUCAGUUGGAGAUACCUUUAGAGUUAGACCGUAUCCACGAUGUGUUUCACGUCUCGAUGUUGAAGCGAUAUCGGUCUAAUCCAUCUCACAUUAUCUCUUUUAAGGAGAUCGAGAUUAGACUGGAUUUGGCUUUUAAGGAGGAGCUAGUUCAGAUUUUGGAUUGUGAUAUUAAGGUUCUAAGGAGGAAUUUCAUCCCAUUAGUUAAGGUUCUAUGGAGGACUCAUGGCACUGAGAUAGCUACGUGGGAACCUAAGGACUCGAUGCGCCAGCAGUAUCCUCAUCUAUUAACAAAGCCCUAUUCUCCUCCGUCGUUCGAUACCUUGCUGUUUCCGAUCCCUAAAAUCCUUGUCCAAGCUCCAACUGUGACGAAGCGGACAGAUAUUCAACGACACCACCCUAAAGGUGUACAGAGGCCAGCUGGAGUGAAGGUGCACGUGGACCUGGCGCGGCGUGCAUGGGGAUGGUGCGUGCAAGGGAGGAACGGCGCCUGGAUUGUUCCAGAAACCCUAGGGGUUUCUGGAAUUUUGAUGUAA